UGAGCUCCGGGCCGGGGCCGGACGUGCGGGGCCCUCCGCACAGCGAGAGGGCAUUUUAGGCCCCUUCGAGGGAGAGUCAGAUGUCAGGGUUAGGAAUGAAACAGCAGAGACCAGACUGCCUUCGGAGGGCACGUUGAAGGAUGGUGGGCCCAGGCCCCGACGGGCCAGGGGAGAAAUAAAUAAAUGCACGUGAUGAUGGCUCUGAAAUCCACACACUGAAACCGGAGAGGGAAGAGGGUGCACGUAAGCCCAGAAGGGAGGGUGCAGGAACCGCGUGUGGGACGCAGCAGAGGCCUAGCCGAGCUGCCCUCGGAACCCCAGCAGAACGGGGACGAAGAAGGGGGCAACCCUGGGUGAGGAUUUUGCAGAAAUAAUGAAAGUUAUCAAAACCCAGGUCAAAGACUGCUUCAAGGAGAAGGACAAGCAGAAUGAAAAACUUGAAAAAAAUUAGAUACGUGCUCAAACUGCGGAAAGCCAAAGAGAAACCUUCAGGGUAGCCAGAGGCAAAUUCCAUAGGCAGAUGUGGGGGACACCCUCUAAGGGGGGGGGGGACAGCAGAGUCAAUGAGGUGAGCAAACACCAGCGUAGCUGAAGGUUAGUAGUGAGCCUGGUGUGCGAAAGGCAGGUAGGAGAGCCCCCACAAAGAGGCCUCCAGUGUUGGCCAGGGAGUUUAUUUUGGAGCCAGUUGGAGAGCCCCUCAGGUUGGAGGCACCCCUCAGAGCCUUGGGUUUUGUAAACUUAUGUUGGAUAUUGUCAUGCUUUUUAUGCACCUGUUGGAAUGACGAUGUGGGUUUCUUCCUUUUCCCCAUUGCUAUCGUAAACGCAUCCACUGGCUUCCGAAUGUUAAAACCAACCUUACACUCCUGGAGUCGAAUCCUCUGAGGCAAUGAUGCAUCGGGCUUCUAUAUGAUUGGAGUCCGUCGGCUAAUACGUUGGUCGAGAUUUUCGUAUCUGGGUCAUGAAGGAUAUCAGUCUGCCGUCUUCCUGUAAUUGCUUUGUCUAGUUAACGGUGACAGGGUAACCCUGGCAGUUUUGGUGUGGCCUCAUGGAAUCACCGGGGAAUGGUUUUUUUUCUCUACACUCUGAAGCAGUUUCUAUGGCGCGCGAGGCAGAGCACCGUCCCGUGGGUGUGUUCGAGUGUCAGCUCUGUGCCCUGGCAGCUCCAUACAGCUACGUGGGGCAGAAGCCCCCUGACACCCAGUCUGUCAUCCUCCUGGAGGAGAGCUACGUCAUGAAGGACCCCUUCACCCCCGACAAGGCCGGGUUCCUGAUCCUGGGCUCCAGGUGCAGCGUCUGCAGCCGGCUGGUGUGUGUGGGCCCGGAGUGCAGUCUGUUCUACGCCAGGAGGUUCUGCCUGCCUUGUGUCCAGGAGAACAUCCAGGCCUUUCCUCGGGAAAUUCGGCAAGACUUGGAGAAAAGGGCAGUGCCCGCCAGGAGGCCUGCCAGCCAGCCCAGCUCUCAGACCUGAGGGCAGCCUCUCAGCCUGGGUCAGGGCCGGGCCGAGCUGGCCCGUCCGCGGCCUUGUUCCCGGGGAGAUGGAGCUGGCCUGCAGACCUCGCACGGGGCACCCUGUCAGCCCAGCCCCUGCUCCAGAGCUGCCCAGUGCUGGGCGCAGGGUGGGAGCCAAGGGCAGCCAAGGCCAGACCUCCUGGCCCCUCGCUCUCCCCGGGGCUGGGCUCCACGCUCCCUGCAGUUACCGCGGCCUGGAGGGCCCUGCGCGCUCUUCCCACCUGGGUCUGAUCCGGGACUUGUCUCCACGGGCCAGGCCGUCCCAAUGUGGGGGACCCUGUGGUGCUUCCAGCCUCUUCUGUUCUGGCUCCAGUCCGGCCCUGGGCCCAGCUCCACUCCAAGGUACAGGCGUGCCCUCGGCUUCCUGCCCUUGCACCCACACCGGAGCCCAGAGCCAUUCUGCACGCCUGCCCCUCUCGGUGAACUCCAACCCCGCAGCCUGCCGACGUCCUCAGCCCCUGCCCAGCUAUGCGAUGUGCCGGACUGUGAGCUCGCCUUCUGCCUGCUGGUCCUUCCUGGGAAGGCGCCUCCGUCCACCUGGUGGUGGCUGCGGGGCCACUGUACACGGCCGAGUGUUCGCGAGAGAAUAAAGAGCCGUUGCU